UUCAGUUUCACUUUUAGUAUGUAGGCAUGUUAGGUGUCAAACUACACUCGAUUGUUAUUAUUUCUUUGGCCAUCAACCAUUACCUUUUAGGAGAUCGAUAUAUUUAUGUAGUAUUUUAUGUGUUGUUGGUUAGUUAUUGUUACUUAUAGUUACUUUCCGUUUUGCAUUUUCUUCUGCAUUCAUUUCAGUAGUAAACAAUUACGAUUAUGCCAAGCUGCUGCUCGUUUGUAUUUCGGAGUUCCCUUGUUUUUUGUGGUCUUUUUGUUAUUGGCUGCGCAAACAUUAUACACAUUGAUGAUGACGGUGGUGGUGAUGAUGAUGGAUGGCUCAAUCCGUACGACAUGUAUUAUGACCCAACCUCAAAGCGCAUGAGAUACUCGAAAAAGUCAGUCAACACCAAUGUACAGCAGUGCCCUGAUGUAUCAGAGUGCAUCAAUAAAUUGGUUAUUUUGCAGAAAGAGUUUGAUGAAUACAGAAAGUUCACCAACUCCCAACAGAUAAAAUGGGAUUUUUUUAUUGUGACGGCCAUUAUGUUAACUACGAUGUGGUCUGCCGUGUCCUGGAUUGUCCAGUUCAGGAGAAUGUUUGCUGCCUGCCUUUUUAUCAGCUUGAUCUGGAACUGGAUUGAAAUUUAUGUGGCUAUCACAGGCAAUAUAACCAGCUUCAUCACAGAUCCCCAAAAGCAAAUUGGGCAGGACAUCAGUGAGUUCCUCAUUGGCUUACUGAAGGAUCCGCUUGUCAUUGUCUUCAUACAUGUGCUCGUUGAUAUUGCUGCAGUAGCCAUCAUUGUAAAGGUGUUUAAAGUGCCUGUGUUAGUGCAACACCAAGCUCCACAACACAGAGAGGCUGAGGGCGUUGGGGCUGAAGAUGACACCCCACAGCCAUUACAAGUGCACCAGAUGGGUGAAAAUCAAGCAGGAAAUGGGGGUAACCAAGGCAUUAACCCUGGAGAUGACAAUGCUAUUAUGCCUCAGCAUGCAGAAUGCAAUCAUAGCAUGUCUCUCCCAAAUACAUUUGAUGGCAGGCCUGAAGUGACCCAGACGGUAGAGGUGGAGACCCUGCGCUCCACAGGAAACAUCUCCAGUGAGGAUGAGAGUGAUCCUCAGCUACGGAGGCAAGAGGAUCAUGGCAUAGGGCAAGAUGGAGAGCCUGAUGCAGAACAUGUUCAAAGGGAGGAAAACGAAAGCGAUCCAUCUACCAUAGAAAAAAUGGAGCAGAAAGUUACUAAAGCACCUUCUCAACAAAAAGAUGUGAAAACCGGAGCUGAUCAAAGGAAUGAUGUGCAGGGGUCCGGAGAUGUUGCAGCCAAAGUAGAGGACUAUGAUUCAGGGUUUACGAUUCCAGUUCAAGAAACAUGGCAAUAAAAUCAUUUUAGAACUGCUUUGAAGAACUGGUGUUUGUUUUGUGAUUAAAAAAUGCCUUUUUACUGAUUUAUUGUGUGUGUGUGUGUGUGUGUGUGUGUGUGUGUAUAUAUAUAUACACUGUAUAUGAAUUAAGGCAUUGCACUGGAAACACUCAAAAUUGUAACCCAAAAAUGUCAAUUCUGUUAUCAUUUGCUCUACAUCCAUAUAUAUUUUUUCACAGGGCACUUACAGUUUUAGGUCUUCAACAGAAAUACAAGAUUUGCAUUUCUGAAACCUGGAAAAUUAUUUUUAAUGUGUAAUAAUGAUUAAUAAAAUAUACCACCAACUGUGAUAAUAAUGGCUAUUAUCUAUUUUGUUUGUUUCAAUGUAUGUUUAUUUGUAUAAAUACCUAUGUGGAAAGGAGUGGGUAAAAAGGGGUUAAAUAUGCUACAAUUUUCAAU